UUGAUUUUAUAUGUUAUAAUUUUGAAGGAUGGCGUGAUGUACCUAUCAAUGCUCCCAACGGAGGCUUUGCAAGCUAGUGUGCUCAAAGACCUGAUGGUGGAGUUUGAGGAUAGUCGUUUCGCUUGCAUCACGACCGAAUCAUCGCGUGACGACUCGUUAUUCUCCCACUUGUCUGGCUACCUAACUAACAAGUAUGGACAACAAGCGACCUGGCCUCGGUGCAUUAUUCUUAACCAAGAAACACUUCUGGAACAACUCAGUGCAGGUCUUGCCGCCAUAAGCGCUUAUGGAUUGCGGACGAUUCUUGUUCACUGUACGAGUGAUGAGAGUGAGGCAAUAAUGAAGAUUUUUAAGUUACUCAGUUUUGAAGUAUUGAGAGAAUUCGUGUGGAUAUUUACCGAUAAAGCCAUUGGCUGGAAAGCGGAUGACUUUCCAGAGAGUUCGUUUGGAGUGAAGAAAGCUCCGACGAUUGGGAACGACAGUAUUUUGGCCCUGUCCAAAGGAUUGUUAAAUGACUCGGUGAAGCUGUUUGUGAAGAGCUUGGAGCGCUCUGUUGGCGGACUAUCACACAUUUCAAUAUUACAGUGUCUACAAGGGGACCUUUUUAGCUCCUAUAAAAGAACGCUUUUCAGGUAAAUUGUAAUUAUAUAAGUGUAACGGCCAUUUACUGGCAUAAGCUCGAUGUAACGAGUAAAGGUCAUCAGUGUACUGACAUGGCGCCCAAUGGAAAAUCUACAGCGAGGAGAAAAGACCAACGGUACCAUCCGCGGCCGUUUGCUAACAGUGAGGGUCUGGCCGAGUAAAUGUCAGGGCAUUAGAGAUGCGCAACAAUAAUGUAGCUAUAGUUUAACGGAAAUUAGUAAAAUCCAGCUAGUGAUCUACUAUCAAUGCUGCGUUCUGAUUGGUUGAACUACUACUAGGCUAUAUGUUAUAGCCCAUAAGUAGCGAAAAGCGCGGGCGGGCUUUUUGGCGGCAUAAAAGGAUAAAGUCUAGCUUUAACUAGCUAAAUUUUUUUUAUUCUUGAUAUUUUUGACCAACUAGUUGGAUUUUACUAAAACAAUUAUUCCUCUCAAGGAAUAAUCAUUAAAUAGCCUGCGAGCAAGCUCUCCGCGCGAGAACGCGCGAGCGAGCAGCGAAGCCGCGAGUAGCCCUCGCUUUCGGGUCUCCUCUCGCGUGCCUCUCGCACGUCUACUUUUUACGAUAUCCCCCAAAUGGAGAGCUUACUCGCAGGCUAAACGGAAACGCUCGAGAUUAUAUUUAUCCCGGAGUAUACCAGCGACCAUCCGGAUGUAGAAUCUUUGCCGGUAUAAAGUCUGUUUUUGAUGGCUUAAAAUAUAUAUAUUUUUUUUAGGGAAAUGAUAAGCGGUAGUUUUCUUGGCCAAACAGGAGCCGUCCGAUUCAACCCAAACGGUGAACGCUCAUCCUUCAAAUUUUCGAUUGUGAAAGUCAUGCGAAAGCCAGAAGGGGGACUUUACUGGAACAUCGUGGGACAUGUUGAACCUGAAGCACCCCAAGACAAUGCAUAUGGCCCCAGUAUGUUUGAGCCCUUUUUACCUAGGGACCUACCCAGACCGCGUCAUUUGAGAAUAGUAUCUAUUGAUCAGGAUCCAUUUACGGCGUUUCACGAAAUGGACUACAGCACAAGACUAGGCACAAAUUGUCCAGCCAACACAGUUCCUUGUACGCAGUUUGAUGCGGAUGAUAACAAUCCCUCAGGAACACAGGCAGGGAAUAAUAUAUCGCUAUGGAACACCCGUUGUUGUUAUGGUCUCAUGAUUGACAUUUUAAUCAAGCUUCAAGAAAUCGAAAAGUUUACAUUCGAUUUAUAUUUAGUGGCAGAUGGAAAAUAUGGAUCAUUGGACCCGGUCACUAAACAAAUGAAUGGAAUGAUCGGCGAUGUUUACCGAGGAUUUGCCGAUCUAGCGCUCGGAAUGAUAACGGCUACCGAGAAGCGUUCGCAAUAUGUUGACUUCACAACUCCGUUCAUGGACACCGCGUUGAUGUUUCUGGUCAAGAUAAAUAAAUCAACAAAUAAAAAUUUUUGGGAAUUCAUCAGCGACAUGAGACUGAUGAAAUCUUUUAGCACGUUGCUGUGGUUGAUGUGUUUAGCAGCGUUUUUAACUGUUGUUGUCUCUGUAUAUUUGAUAGAAAAGCUGUAUUAUUAUAGACAGCACAAAAGCGCCUAUCUUCUGCCUUUUGAAUUUAUUAUGUACGUUUAUGGCAAUGUGUUUCAUGUACCACUCACAAAAAUUGAGGCGCAGACUUACUCAGUUCCGUUUGUGAUGGUUGUUGCGAACUUUGCGGGUCUGGUGUUAAUCAGCUCGUAUACUGCAAAUUUACUUGCUUCUCUUAUCACCCUCGAUGAAACUGUGAUUGUUACAGGGAUAGCAGAUCCAAAGGUAAGUGCUGUAACGCGGCUUUAAUGUAAUAUGCCGAAAUAAGAAGGAGUCGUGUUUCGCCCCAUGUAAGGGAGUCCGGAUUCCGUAAUCCAGCAACUUUUUGAGUUGAAGAAUUCGGAAUCCUGGGCUUUGGAAUCCGGAAUACAGUUUAAGGAAUCCGGAAUCCCAAAAACGAUUGGAAUCCAGAAUCCAAGUUCCGCUGAUAAAGAAUUCAGAAUCCAGUACCUGUAAACCGGAAUCAACCGUGUGGAAUCUAGAAUCCAAGACUGUCUUGGAUUCCCUUACAUGGCGCGACGUGUUUCAGCUGAUAUCCAGACCAUGCAAAACAAGAUGAGUUUAAUAUUAAGGUUGAUAUCGAAUAGAAAACGUUUUCAAGUGGAUCAAUAACCACGGGUUAACGUCCAUUGUGCCCCAAAGUACAAGAUAAAACAAGUAUUUCAAAAUGUUAUAUAACAAGUAUUUUAAAAAGAAUCUCAUGCAACUGAACACAGCCAAACCAGUUCAUGAUUGUUUUUAUAGCAACUGAGUCGAAACUUGGGGGAUUUUAUUUUACGGUGACGAGGAAAUUGCUGUCAAACCGCCGUCGAAAAGGCCUCUUACUAUGUUUGUUUGUGUUUUUUUCCAUGAAGUUUAAAAAUGGUUUUCGUAGAUCGGAUGAGGAGACGAAGAGCGACACAAAGAUAAAGUGCACCAGAGAUAUGAAAUUGAACACAUUUUAAUUGUUACGGGUAAAUGAUACUAUAUGUGACAUUUGCAGUUCAUAGAGGAAAAAUUAGCCGAUUGCAAACUAUAGAAAGCAUGUUGCAAAGAAGUCCUUGCGGGUCUGGAAGCUACAAUAGGCCAGAAAAACGUGACGCUGCCUAAUAAGUUGCCUUUCAGCAGAAUUGCGCGCGUAUGAGAAGCAGAUGGGAUGAUGGUAACGAAAAUUAAGGAGACUAUCAGCUCUAUUUCUUGCAUUUUUCCUUCCCGUCAUUCACCACGUUCGUCCCCUAAGAAACAGACAAUAAUGACGACUGUGGUAACCUGAGAAAACAGCCGACAUUUCGUGACGUCACCAUGGGUUUCCCCGUCAAAUGACGUCUGAGAAACGAACGCAGAUAUUCCAUACUGACGACGUCUCACUACUCAUAUCUGGGUAAUACUUGUGAUUGGUCGCGCCGCGAGAGAAAUGUUCUUCAACCAAUCAGAAGUACUACCCAAAUCUGGAUAGUGACGCGUAGUUAGGAUGGAAUUUCUACUCUCGUUCCUCAGAAGUCAUUUCGAGGGGGGGAGGACCAGUGGUGGCGUCGCGUCGCGUAAUCCAUCAGCUGUUUUCUCACUGUGGAAGAAGUAGAGCAUACAGUCAACUCUCUCUAAGAAGGACACCUCCGGGAACGGCCCUGACUUACAGAGGUGUCGGGCUUAUAGAGAGUAGGAAUAAUGUGACUCCUACAGUAAUAUUGUAAAGCUGAACCUUUUCGCAAUGAAUACACGUCUGUUGAACUUGUACAAAACAGUAAAAUGACUGAAAGACUGCAGGGACCAACACCAGCUGGUGUUCGUCUUGGAGAGGUGUCCGUUAAGAGAGAGUUGACUGUAGCUGAAAACCGGUUUUUACCCCCGAAGAUCCACAGGCAACGGAAAGACGAAUACUUAAACAUAUUGAUAACCUUCACAUAAUGAUCAACAAUAACUGCGUGUUUUUGUGCGUCUUAGUUAGUAGACCCACCAGAAGGAUUCACUUUUGGAACCAUAAAGGACACGAGCACCGAGGACUUCUUUAAAAAAAGCAAGAGUGAAAGGCUGAGAAAAAUCUACGAAAAUAUGAAAGAAUACAACGUGGAGAACUUUGCUGAGGCAGUGAAAAAAGUUAGAACAGGGUAUGUUUAACUGAUGCAUAACACCACGAAACCAUAGUUAUUUAAAACAGUUUUACGUAUCGUUCAAUAACAAGUUUGACCAUGAUAUUAUAGAAACCUUGUUUCCAAAAGGUAAAUAACCAUUUUCCAGGUGAUAAGUCUGGCCUUAUAAACUACUUAUUAACUUCGUCUGUUCGGUCAUUACAGGGAAACUGAUCUCAGACCGAGGCCUUGAUGUAUUGACCGAGCGAUAGGGAGGUCGAUAAAUUGAGGGCCGAGAAAAAAAAGGAAAGUAAAUAGACAAGGAAAAAGAAAAAAGCUACACUAAUUUAAGUUCCAAAACGAGUCGUAUUAUAGAGGUUAUGGUACUUGCAGUUUGCUGACCCGGACCCUCUCAUAUUCUUGAUGUUGUCUUCAGAAAAAAAAGGAAAAUAAAUGGAUAAGGAAAAAGAAAAAAGCUACACUAAUUUUAGUUCCAAAACGAGUCGUACUAUAGAGGUUAUGGUACUUGCGGUUUCUGACUCGGACCCUCUCACAUUCUUGAUGUUGUCUUCAGUUUUAACCUGAAAAGAUCACUUAAUGAAAAAGAAAAUAACCAAAUAAAUUGCCCUCACUGAACACUAAUCAUUGAACAACAUCAUGUCUUUUUUCUUUUCCAGCGAGCUAACAGUCUUCAUCUCCGAACUAGGCGCCGGUGAUGAGGAUCCAAACUGCGAAAUAAAACAAGAUGGACUGCCUUUCGAGCUGGGUGGAUUGGCUUUCGCGUUACCGAAAAACUCUUCCUGGAAUCAUCCUCUAUCUCAUGCAAUCCACAAACUGAAAGCGGAACACAUUAUCACUGAGAUAUUUGGCAGAUGGACACCGUCAAGAUGUGAAAAUUCUCAGCAAACUGUUGUCGCGCAUAAGAUGGGCCUUGACGAGUUUGGAGGGUUUUUGUUCAACACGGCAAUGAUAAGCUUGGGAUGUUUCUUUAUCCUUUUGGCCGAAAUAAUUGUUUAUCACAGAAUAACCAGAAAUAGGAAGAGCUUUAGCCCGCAGCAAAACGGAGUUGCGAUGAAUUCAUUUAGACUGCCCGAAAGCACGUCGAUGUUUAGUAUAUUAAACACUGAUACAAGUGUACCUGUAAAACCUAAAACUAUUACUGAUCAACACCAACCACUAUAACUUUAGUCAUCUGGCCAAAAAAUCAGUGCUACGAAAUCAAAAGGACUGAACUCGUCAUAAUCUCUUAGUGAAGUGCUAAGCGGGAAGGGAGACGCUAGUCUAAAUAAAUGUUUACAAUGUUUGUCUUGCACCUGAUUUGCAGAGAAAGCGACGCCGGCGUGAUCUGACUGAUCAGCGAUCACUUAAGGUUAACCGCUAGGAAUACGCAUAUAAAGGACUGCAAAUACAUUGUUGUAAAUGUAUUUUGAGGAGAAAAUUUCAGUAAUAUAAUGAAAUGAAUUCGAGUUAGAAAUUUUGGUAACAAGUCGCAAGAGGCGGGUGACUCUUCUGCCCGGGACAACUUUUUGAUGUUAACGGCGCCAAAGUGUAUAGUUAAUUAUUGUAGACAAAAUGUGCAGCUCGAGCCAAGAUCCUCCUAAAUACCGCACCAGGACAAACAUGAACACUAAAGAGAGUUAUGGUAUUUUUCGGAAAGGUCUAUUGUGAAGAGAAAAUGUGCAGCUCGUGCCAAUGUACUCCGGAAUAAUAAGCUAACCCUGCACUAUUUACGAGAAGUAUUGCAUUUUCGGUAACGCCUAUUAUGUCAAACAAAAAAAAGGGUUGGAAAAGAUGACAACGUUUCAGCUCGACCAACAAAUUAGAUCGUUAGUCCUUUUAGGUUAGAACAUUUUAGUACAUUUCAUUAAAUCAACAGUAUUUGCAAUAUCGUAGACUUUCAACAGUGAAAGCAGCAAGCUUAGAUUUGAAGCACUUUGCUUGGUUUUAGCACUCUAAGGAUUCUGGGAACUAGAUUAUUAAAGCAUGCGCAUGAUUGUUUUGCACAUUACGCAUCCUUGACUAGACUACUUCGGCCGACUUUGCUCUAUCCUACGGUCAUAUGCAGAGGAAAGGAGAAAUAGGGUCUCGAACGCUCGCUAACCUCUAAAAGAAAGAAAAAGGCGGCUAGCAUAUUCUUUCAUAUUACAUAUCAUUGGCGUGGCAGAACUACAAUAACCGACUUUGAUAGGUUAACCAGAUCAUAAUGAAGCAACCAGCGUAUAUUUCCACCUCGCUUGUAGAUAUGUGUACACUGGUUUCAGUUACACGUCUAUAGCAAGGCUGAAUGUUUUGCGACUUGUUCAGUUAGCAUUCCAAUCAAACUUGGACAAUCGAUCAAAAUUAAAAAGAAAAAUUGAUUAUUUAAUGUUGAUUUAAUAAAAUCGCCGCCAAACGACAGGUAUGUACAAACUGUUCACUCACCCGUUAAACUGAAUCGCGUCAGCUUGACAAAAAAGCCUUGACCAUUGAUAUAAAGUCAGCAGGUAUCCCAAAUGAGCAACUUAACUAUGAAACUGUGUCGUGUGUGUCGGGCUCGUGUGAAUAAAUGAAUAGAUCUCUUGGUAACAUCCAAGUACACAACAAGUGAAAUCAAAAGAAUUGUUUAGGUAAUCAGGCACAGGAUUAAACACCUGACUCAGCGAGAAAUCAGUAAUGAAGCUUUUGUGGACAAUUUAUCUCUCCGCUUGGCUCGCACUUGUUUAUCUAUUCACAGUGUCAGCUUUGCCAGGUAAGACAAAAGAGUUUGGUCCCUUGCCGGUAAUGUUAACUAUGAAGUGCUAUUAACUUUAUUGAGCUCAUACAACUGAAGGGAAAACUCAACCGUUGAACAAUCUCUUUGAAGACCCUGGAAUAUUGAAACUACCGGAGUUCGUUAAGCACGUGUAACAACUGAACACUGGGGCGUUUUCACUUAAAGACUAGUGUUUCCUUUCUAAGAAACUAGUAGCGAAUAAAAAAGAGAUCAAAUUGGUUACGCAGGUGUUUUGUUUUCUUGUUUUCAUUAAACAUUUGUUGCCAUUUUUAACAAUAAGCAAAAGACAAUCGCGGCGUAUUUCAAAUAUUAGAACAACAUUAAAAUCACUAAGCACAUUAAAUAUAACGGUUCAUCAGCCACAAGAAUUCCUAUAAUUAAAUUACAGCAAAAAUGAAGACUUCACAAUAGCCCUUUUGGAAGAGGUAAUAAGGCUAUUGUUUUGUAUUAGCGUACUUGUAUAUAAUAUUUCAGUUCUAAAAAAAAACCUUUGUUAUGUCUCAAGAGUUUGUAAUUCAUUCCUUAAGUGUGAAGUUUUCCUUAAGAGCUAUCGAAUAAUUCUUUUUUUAUGGACGUAUUUGUUUUUCAUUGACCUGGAAAUGUUUAGAAUUCCCACCUUUGAAUUUAUUUGCGCCAGGGUUAAAACGCGAGGAUGAAUUUUGGGCGUUAACCAAGAAAUGCUAGACUCACGGCUCGUAUUGUUUACUGUUUUGAACUACAAACUUGUAGACUUGUAACCUUUAUUUUAUUUCCCUGGAAAUUAAAAAUUUGAAAAUUUUCAGCUAUGAAUUAUACAGUGUCAGAGUUAAAUUUCUUUACUCGAAUAAUUAAUAAAAGAAACCACCGACUGGACUGAACGCGAGGGUAAGUUUUGGGCGCUAUCCAUGAAAUGCUUGGCCUAGACAUUGCUCAAAAACCGUUAAAAGUUUUGAAUAGUUUUUUUGCUUAUCGUUUGCGACUAGGCAAAAAGUGUAAGCAAACAGGCUUUUACGGCGUGAAUGUCAAGAAAUGUUUUGCUUGAAACGGACGGAAAUAGUCAAGUCGGUUAAGACAGUACAACAGAAAUACAUCAAAUUAGAACUAUAAGAUACAAAAUAGAAAUUUAAUGGCAUAAAUAUGGUUGCUGUUUGAAAGAGUGAAAUGACAUCUGUUCAUUUUUCUCUACAUGAAAAAGUGGUAAUAGUAAAAAAAUGUCAUACAAAGAAUUAUUUCUAUAUAUAGUUCAAAUUAAAAAGUUAGUACAGUCAACAGCCCCGGUGCGGACAAAUCGCUUUUGUGGCAAUCCUAGCCAAAUCACAGACAGAAGUUAGAUCGUGGCCGCGGAAUAACAAGCCUUCUCCUAGGAAGAGUACAAUUUAUAAUUAUCGCUUUUCAGUUACCUCGCUGUUAGAAAUUGCACCUUUGUACUCGUUCGUUUAUAAAAGUUAUCACAGAUAUAACGCCCCAAUAUUUUUGCAGGUUGUCGUUUUGUUUCACAGAACACUAGCAAACACUGUGUAAAUGAAACGCGUGAUCAGACGUGUUUUUAAAAGAAUUAACUCUAUCAAAAGAAACAGAAAACGGAACAAAAACUACAAUUGAGAUUUACCAGGAAUCAGAUUCGUUGUAAACAUUUAAACUUUGCGUUUGAUCAUGCAAAAGAGAAAAAAAAAAGAAACAUUUUCAAUCAUGUUUUACUUUUGUUUGGCGGACAAAAGGUUCACAUAUUUUAAUGCCCGUCUGUAAACCAAGAGCCAAAAGGACGACUGCUGUGCUACAAAUAGUAUUUAAACCAGACGAUUCGCAACGACGAUUUUAGCGCAACAUUAAACGCGCACGUUGAAGAGUUACUAGGAAGAAUAUAGGCGCGAGGGAGGUCAUUAAACACGUUGCGGGCUUCUUGUUUCUGCUUAAAAAUGAGCAUGCAUGCGUCGUUACCCAACAGUAAUUUGCCUAAGUAGCAAAACCGUGAUCACCGAAAACGGAAAACCAGUGAGACGAUUCUUUAUUAAUUUCCUACUGAUUAGCUAGGAUCUUAUCGAAACCUUACAGUGAGAAAGUUGGAAAAUCUGCGUGCAGUUUCUGGAACGUUUUCACUUUCUUUUUAAACAAUAGUACAAGUAAAAACAGUCAAAAACAUUUUGAGGGGAUGACUUAGGGGAUGACCUGACUGGUUCUUUGCGCAUGCCUGUCAGUCAAUCACUUAGCACUAAUAAGGAAAAUCCAAGGCAACGAAUAUCAGAUUGUCUUAAAAGAAGACUUUAAAAGAUCGUAUCACAUUAUUUCAAAUGCGCUAAUUGUAACACAUGAGCGCGAUGAAGGUGCUAGAUUGCUGCUCGCCGCACUGCAUUUCAAGGUUGGUAAAUCAGUUAAACCCUGUUAAUACGGACACUUGGGGGUGGGGGGGGGGGGGGGGGGGGGCAUAGAAGUGUCCGUAUUAAGCGGGUUGAAUUUAAAAUGUAAGAGCUAGGGACAAGGGGAAAUGUCCUUAAUAACCUAUCAGUAUUAAGCCGGGGUGAAUUUAGAGAAAAGGGGAGGGCUUUCUUUCCCGAGCGGCAAAGCAAACUGCCCAGAAUAAUGAGGGUCCCAUAUUAAGCGGGUGAGGGGGUCCUGGGGGGGGGGGGGGGGGGGGGGGGGGGGGGGGGGGGGGCAUAGAAGUGUCCGUAUUAAGCGAGUUGAAUUUAAAAUGUAAGAGCUAGGGACAAGGAGAAAUGUCCUUAAUAACCUAUCAGUAUUAAGCCGGGUUGAAUUUAGAGAAAAGGCGAGGGCUUUCUUUCCCGAGCGGCAAAGCAAACUGUCCAGAAUAAUGAGGUGUCCAUAUUAAGCGGGUGCAGGGGUCCGUAAAACGAGGUUUGACUGUAUUUACGUUUAGAUGACUUCCAGCAACCAACCAUUCUUGAAAAAAAAUAAGAAACCACUUGCAUUAUAAAUACCCAUUUGUGAGUGGAAAUAUCACAGCACUUUUUUUCCUAUAAAAACAAGCACUAAACCCUCUCAGCCUGCUUUGUUGUUUGCUUGAUAUGAUUAUACUCUUCAUUCACAGACUUAAAGUACGAACUUCUUGGAAAAGCAUAAUAAACAGUACUACUGAAAAGGUCUGCUCGGUAGCUUUCAUUUGAAUGGCCACACCCCAAACUUUUACUCACAGACUCGAAAGUUGCAAUCAUCUUGAGUAUAGUAAAAGGGAAGCACAGUAAAGUUAUGUAGCCUCUCAGUUCAUUUGAAUGAUUACCCUUGGGGAUUUCACUUACAGUCUUAGAUCAAAAAUAAAGGUGUUGUUUUUCAAUUCUUUUCAGCCAGCAGAAACUUUACAGUAGUGAAGUUGUUCCCAUCUCCUGUUGAGAAAAAAGAUCUCGGGGGUAUCUCGAUGCCGCCGGAUACCGGAAAAGGUCUCAUGGCCGACCAAAAAUCAGCCUCCCUGGGUGAAUAUGCGGACGAGUUCCGCUUUCAUAGGCCUGGGUUCGAGCACGUGCCUGGAAGUGUUUCACUGGAAUCCGCUGCAGAUCCGGGACUUUAUCUACGAUACAAGAAUUACAAGUUUCAUUUGGAAAAGGCGAAUCCCUCGGGAGUUUUUGGUAAGGCCUGUUUCAAACGUCGUGCUACUGCCUUGCUAAGCUGGCUCGAUUGUAGCUCGACUGCAGCACGACACUAGCACGACUUGGUUUCAGACGUCGCAUUUAAUUCAGUCGAAUAGAACGGCUGUUGCCGAAAAAAAAACACAAAAAUAAAGAAACGGUUAGGCAAACUUUUAAAUGUACUUUAAUGUAUUUCUAAUUUAUGAAUUGAGUUCGGCACGGCAGAAGCACGACGUUUGAAACCAAGUCGAGCUACUGCCGUGUACCAUGGCAAAGCUUGCCGUGCUACACGGCAGUAGCACGACUUGGUUUCAAACGUCGCGCUACUGCCGUGCUAAAGUCGAAUUUAAUUGUAUCAGUUUAGUUCGCCACGGCAGUAGCACGAUGUUUGAAACGGGCCUAAGACACUUGGUGAAAUACGGUGCGUUACGUAAACGACUGUUGCAGCUCUUUAAAUUCACAAAAGCAGAAUAAUUUCGCUGAGAUCGUGCUACGCUUAAUUCUUUUUUCCAGCUUUCUACACCACUUCGAUUUUCUCGACUUCUCUUCUUUUAGAUCUAAGAAAGAUAUUUUUUAAAAAGUUUUAAUUUUAGAGUAAAUAUCUCACAGCCUUUAAGCUGAAUUACACAUUUACAAAAGUGAAUUCCGUUCCUUAAAACAAAACAAACAAACAAAAAACAAAAUCCUCACAAAAUAAAAUAAAAGUUAUGUGAAAAACGGACGAUUUGGGUCGACACAGUAAAAAAGUAAAAGCAAAAUUUAAGUUGGACAAGAAAGUAAAGCCGUUUUUUGCAUCGUUUCAUCAAUAGACUAAGCACAUUCCUCUAUUUUUCCGUGUGAUCGUCGAGAUCGAGCGCUAUGCGUUACAGGCGGCCAUGUUAAGAUGGCCGCCCAUACCGGUAAGCGCUCGAUGAUAUUACGAUAAAAUAUGGUCUUUGAACAAUCUAUUUGAUCAGUUAACGAAAGCCUAUUUUCUACAAGUGAAUCAGGUUAAUUUUGAAGGUCGCGUAAUGGUCAGUGAAAGUUAGUACUAGGAACUGAAUUAUACUGACAAAAUACCCGAAUUUUCAUUCCAGAGAAAGAUUCGACAUUCAUCGAAAGAAAGACUCAAACUAAAGGAGCAUCUGCUUACGAACUUUUCAAUCAUCCAGGCUGGUUCAUGUGUCAUGAUACCAAAAGCAAAUUUGGUCUCGUUGCAAAGAAGCUCGGAAUAGGAAGCAAUGAGUUUCUCGUAGGAUGUUUAUAUAUGGUUGUGGCACAAAAUCCAACUCGCAAGAAGAGCUUUGUGGGGAAGACUAUGAAAGAAGAAGACGCAUCCUCAAGGGAAAGUAUUCACAACAUCACGGACAUUAUUUCUAACGACGUUUCAGUGAAAAAUUUAGCGAAACAACUCGUUGUUGGAAAUGGGACCGCAAAUCCAGUUGAUAAAACUAUAGGACGUGUUUUGAGCAAGAAAAAUGGGACAGUUAAAAACGAUCAAGCAUCGUCUAAACCGCUAUUAAAUUCCACCUCGUUCGGAAACACCACCGCGACCAAAACUAUGGAUAAAACGUUGGUAAAUAAAGCAGUUGCGAAUUCUACGAAGAAAGCAACCUAUUCUAACGCCAGUAAACCACUAAAUGACCAGAAAACUUUGACAGACCCACUUGUAACAAAUUUCCCACAAAACACGCCAAUGUCGAAGACGGGUUUGCAAAAAGAGACGAAUGGUAUGGCUGGUGGCCAAAAAGGAAAACAGCCGUUGCAAACGGACAAGAAAAAAGUUCAGGAUCCUUCCGUGGGACUUUCGCAAAGUACAAAAAAUAAUAGCAACAAAGACGUGGGGGUGAAACAAAAGAAUCCAGUUUCUGGGUCUACAGCAGAGGGAUCAGUGGCAGACGAUUUGCAAAACGCUUUACAGGGUGCGUUUAUGGCUGCGAAACAACCAGCCCAGAUGGGACUUAGUACAGCGCAGAAUUCAAACCUGGGAAAAUUAGGAGGUCCUGCGUUAACAAAGUUAAAUCAUCAGCAAAAGAGUGUGAGUGGUCAGCAUCCACUAGCGCUAAAUAAAAAUGGACCAAAGCAGUUUGAUCUUCAUUUCGAAUUUCCGACUGACAGUCCAAACCUUUCUGGUCCAGCUCAGUUGUCACUUCCUGGUCAACUGGCACAGAUUACAGCCAAGGCCUUAGGACUUUUUCAAAACGCCGCAUUGAAAAACGGUCGACAGGGAACACAACAAAUGGGGCAGCACUACACAAAAGGGGCUGCUGGUUUACCUUUUUUACAUAAACCACAACAUCAACAAAGACCGCAACCUCAGGAAUUUCGCCAGCCUUUGCCUUACCUAAAUCAACAAAUGGCCCUGCGAACAAAACCUAUCAGUCAUCACAUCUCCCCUCAAGCAAGCCCUCUUGGCCCUAAUUUCAUAAAUAUGCCCGUACGUUCAGGAAGACCAUUGCAACAGUUCGCAGUUAAAAGUCCCGGCGUGCAGACACAAUUUCCAUACACACAAUUUCCAAUGCUGUACAGAGGUUACAAUUAUCAGCAUCCCACAAGAUCCGAGUGGGAGGGAAAAGCCUCCGUUGGAAAGCAGAGCUUAGAAGGAAACAGAGUUCAGUAUCAGCAUAAUACACAGGGAAUAGCGCAAAAUUUCCGGCAUAAAACCAGCGAAAACCUAGACAAUGACAGUAAAGAUUUAGAUAAACAAGGUGAGAGAAACUACAAAAACAAGGUCGCAAAUCGACGACAUCUAUUCUUUUUCACUCUAAAUGAUUACUUGUCCGACCAGGUCACAAAAACAAUUAUUCUGUGGCCUAGUUUGUUCUUAUUCAAUAUAGGGAAUCAUUUUGUUUUGGCGUUUCAACACGAUUUUUAUGUUCGUAUGAGAAUAAAUAAUUUUUGCUCCAUUUUACACGGCAAGCGCCGCGAGUUCCCUCGCGUGACUACUCGCGACUCCCCCAAACGCAGGCUACAAUACAAUACAUUUAUCAUAACAACCACUGUAAAAAGUUACCUUAAGAAAACUCUAGAAAUGCAAAAAUGUUCAAAGUUUAUUUUUUGGUAAAAGGAUUUACCCGUAGUGAGCAAAGCAUUUGAAUGAUUUAUGAAAAUAUUUGAAUUUUCCAUGAGGAGACCCACUUUACUUUGAGAGCUGUAAGAACAGGUUAAGUUAUUUCUCUCCUCAGACAAAUGCAUCAGUCUUAAAUUCAUCAAUAAAGUUCGCAAGCCCAUCCAACUGGUGUCUAGCAUGAAGCUGGGAGGCUACCUCAUCACUGCAGAGACCUUUAAACUCAAGACUGUCUUUAAACACCCGCACAAGCACCAUCACGUGAUCUUCUACGCGCGUGACGCCGAUGAUAAAGACAACGAGGUGAUGCUAAACAAUAAUAACGCAAUCGCUGUCACGCCAGGAGGAUGUGACCUGCCAUUCAGGACUGUGUUGCUGUCACAUCAUGGACAAAUAUCAAACGACGGUGGGUAACAACGGAAGACUUGGAAACUGCACACCUACCCCUCCCCUAACUUCCAAAGGACUUAAGGGAUGGGUAGGUGUGGAGAGUUCCCAGAAUCCCAUACUGAUUCUAACCCAUGUGAUGGGAGCUUGAGCAAUGACAACGGCGACCGCAACGAAAACGGCAAAAAGCAAUAGGUCUAGAUUGGCAACUUAACAACUUUGCACGUCGGCAUCACGCUUUUUUGUACAUUUCUUUACCGUCGUUGCACAACUACGACGUGAAACUUCCUAGUUUCACUUUUUAUGGAAGACGUGAAAACGCAAGACAACGAUCUUCUUUUUCUUUUCUGAACUUAGAUACCGUCCUUUAGAAUCAACUCCAGAAGAAUUUCCCAACAAUAAACAAAUUGUAUGAAAUGGAAGACUGGAGCAAUAAAGUUUGAAACAGCGCUUAAUUAUAUCGACACGCUUUUCCCCCGACGAUUCCUUUAAUGCGUUUUGCACUUAUAAACCACUUUGUCAUUAUUAUAUUGUACUUGAAAAUGGAAGAAAAGCAAAGACUCUAGCAGGCAGUAAAACACUGAGAUUAAAAAGUCACAACCCUGCGAUGAACUAGCAUCCAUCCCGUCCAAGGGGGAGUAGUAAUACUCCUAGGCAUGCUUUAUGCUAAGGAAACCGGGAUAAGCUUCGGUGCUCGUUUGCGCCUUUACCUUUUUUAAUCUUUAAAAAGUCACGUCAAUUCUUUAUGAAAUCUACUGUCGCUCCUAGCCGAAGCACGGCACGAAAUCGCCCUGUGAGAUGGAUUCCAAACACGAAAUUGUAUUUCGUGGCAUAUUGGGAUGUAAUACUGAUUUAAAAUCGCAUCCUAAGAUAACUGACUGAACUCCCGGCAGAAAUUGAACAUCUUCGCGCAGCAGAUGAGUACGAAGGAUCAAGAGAAGCAGCAAGGAAAGCUGUCAGAGGAGACGAGAACUUUUCACAAUGGACCGCUUUUGGAUUAUGUGCGGCAACUUGUGGAAGGAGUAUACAAACAAGAACACGCUACUGUCUGCCAGGAAAGAUCUGCAGUGGAAAGACUCUAGAGACAAGGACAUGCAUACAGACGCCAUGCCCAGGUAAGAUGUUUUCUGUUUGUUUGGCUUGUCUUGUCUUGUUUGUUUGUUUAAUGGCAACGCGGAAUGAGAAAUCUAUACAUCACCUAAAAUAAAGUGUAAAAAAUUUUUACAGUCAAAGUCCGAGCGUUAGAGCGCUGGAAUUGCAAUUCGGAAGCCCCGAGUUCAAGGCCCAGCCUUGUCCUUACCGCGUGCAGUGCUGAAUUUGUUCUCGGUAGUCCCGAGUUCAUACCCUCGGCCACGCUAGUAAAUAGCCACCUGGUUUGCCUCCGGCCAGUUGGGACUCUCAACCCUGUUAAGUUUGAUGUCAAUUAUUUGUAAAUAUCACCGAGGGUUAUCAUUAUCACUAUCGCUGAGGUGUCUGGCAUGUUUGUGUCAGUGAUAAUCUUUUAAAACUUUCAGUAACACCAUGUCUCAGCACGUACGGUGGAAAAUGUUGUGCGCUUCCUUUUGUAUACCGCGGAGCUGCGGUAAGCCGCUGUCUGCUUGACCCACAGACUCAACGUUCUUGGUGCGCAACAACGCCCAACUUUGACAAGGAGAAAAAAUGGGGUUAUUGUCAACCAACAGGUACGUGAGAAAGUCUACACUAUCUGCUAGGUUCAAAAUUUUAUUCCUAGCACGCGACUUUGCAAACCGUAACGUUAGGAGCACCUAAAUCUUGUAAGCAUAAUAAACCCUUCCACGGUUCUUUCCACUUUUGACAUGGAAAAGUUACGGAAAAUCUGUUGACACCACUGGCAAGAGCGCCUAAAAUUUAGCAAAAUUGCCAAGUUUGAAAGUAAUACGUGUUGAGCGAGCGAAGAUAUAUCGCCGUGAAAAGUCGUGAAAAUUUACAGAUGUUUGUAUGGUAUGGUGGGGGGCAAGUCCCCCCCCCCCCCCCCCCCCCCCCCCCCCCACUCCCCCCACCAUACAAACACCUGUACAAUUUCGCGACUUUAAGGAGCUAUAUCUUCGUUAAUUUUUAACAAACCACUUUCAAACUUGGCAAUUUUACCGAUUUAAAGGCGCUUUUUCCAGUAGUGCUGACGGAUUUUCUCUAAUUAACCCAUGUAAAAAGUAAAAACAACCGUGGCAGGGUAAAUAUUUUCCAGAUUUUUAAAACACACAGCUAUUAAGGCCUUUACCGUAUGAACUAAACCCUCAGACAAAGGCACUGAUAGCAGAGAUGGUCAGGAUUAUAAGUAUGGAAGGAAAACAAACAAACAAGCAAACAAGCAAAACAAAAAGCCAAUGAAAUCUUGAAAUUAUACUGACAAUAAUGGGCCAUUUUACUACUACGGCCAGAAUCCUUUUCGUUUUUCUUUUCAUAUUUAAAUUUGGUAAUCCCAGCAAGGUUUAAAUAACAAAAGCCCUAAUUUGCACUAGAAAGGGUGCCCCUGCUAUUUAACCUGCGCCGACAGCGCUCUAAAUGCCUAAAACAGCUAUUGCACAUGCUCUACCAUCAAAUAUUUUUAAAAUCUCAUUAUUUCUUUUCCUUUUAGAUCAUCGUACACAGCACAUUGCUCCAGUUAUUAGGAGCUAUCUUCCGCGGUCACCUGGUCAGCAGUCUCGGCCAUUGAUAAGUCAGUGCUCCGUGACCUGUGAACGAUUUUGUAUGAGCUGGUGCCCAAAGCAUUGUUGCGUCAUGGCUAAGCAUCGAUAA